AUGGAUGAACAUAAAUUGUUUGUUGGAAAUAUGGCUGCACGUAUUACUCAACGUGAUCUUUGGCGAUUCUUUUCUCCGUAUGGUUUGAUUGACGAAUGCGCGAAAUUCCACGAAUCCUAUGCAUUUGUGCGCUUUGUUCAUACGGACGAUGCGCAACGAGCACGCCGAGAAACGCAUGGCGCUAUGUUAAAAGGACGCAAGUUAAAAGUCGAAUUUGCAGCAACGAUGAACAAAACGAAUUCUUCGCCAUGGAAUCAACAAAAAUAUUUGUGUGUUCAACCACUUCGACGAUCGACUAAUUUGCUCGAACAUUAUUCUCAACCGGUAUCUUCGACAACUAUUUCAUCUGACGAUAAAUUAACGAAAAAGAAUAGAAAAAGUGUCAGCGAGGAGGAUUUCCGUACACCAGAUCUACUUCGUUUAGCUGGAAUACAAACAUCACCAUUGGACGAUGGCUACGAAACAAAUUCUUUGUCAAAAGCUAAUAUUUGCUAUCGAUCUCGUUUCUUUCCCAUUUCAAUUCGUCGACAUAACACUUAUUCAGAUUCUGUCAGCAGCCAAAAUGAUCGCCAAGCAGAAAAUUUGUCCUUGGAUUUUACCCGCAUACGAUUAUUUUCCGAUGUUUCGUCUGGUUUUGGUGAUGAUUCGUAUUUAUUUAGUGAAUAA